AUGGGUUCUGAACCAACUUCACUAUUAGACGUCCUACGCAGCCACUCUGCCGUGGACUGCGAUACUUUUGACGUCGAAGGUGCGUCCGAUGUGCAAUUCCGGGUCGAUUUGGAUCAGAGUGUAGCCAUCGCAUACCAUGAACUCAUCCGUGUGGAUGACAAGGGGGACCAGGUGCAUUCCCAGCUUAUCAAGAGCUCCAUCGAAUAUGCCAGCUCGAAACGAGAAGCAUUCGCUGGGGUUGACGUCGCCGAGGUUGCUGUCGAGUGCAUGAUGGUCAAACUGGCCCUCAAAAUAGUUCCCUAUCUCAAGGGGUUUUCCCAUAUUCAGACCAACCCGAAAUACUCAUACAACACAGAGAAGACUAUCGGAAAUGCCAGCCGUAUCGUAAGAAUAUUUCGAGACUUGGAGCCUUCCUUCGACACCAAACGGGUCUGCAUCAAGAUCCCUUCGACUUGGGAGGGCUUGCAGGCCUGUCGUGUUCUGGAGUCCCGAGGAAUCGCGACUUUGGCGACGACCAUGUUCUGUAUGGAGCAGGCAGCACUUGCUGCACAUGUCGGUUGCACUUACAUCGCCCCUUACAUCAAUGAGCUGCGCGUGCACUUUGAUCCUGGCUAUGUCGACGAGAGUAAAGCAUUCAGCUUUUGUGGCAAGGCCCAGAAGUACUACGAAAAGAUUGGGAGCAAGACUCAAGUGCUUCCGGCCAGCCUUACCAGCAUUCAAGAGGUCAUGAUGCUGGCAGGAUCUAACCACAUUACUGUGUCGCCGCCACUCCUGAAAAAGCUAGCUGAGACGCCAGCCAACCCUUGGGAAGGAGACACAGGCUCCGUCUUUCGAGGGGGGCUAGAACAGGCUUUUGAGGACUACAAACAAAUCCUAGAAGACGAGAGCGCAUGGCGAUUGGCCUUCACCCGCAGUCAACAAGGCAAGAGCGAAGGAAAGAAUAUCCAGGCCGUCAACAUAUUCUGCGAGAAACAAGAAGGUCUCGAGAAACUGGCGCGAGCGUGA